UGCAUCAAAUGACUCAAAAAUAAAACGAAAAAUCAAUACUUCAAAAUGCUUUUUCAUUUUGUACUUAAAAACCGCUAAUUUUGUUGCAUAAACAAAGCGAAAAUGCAAAGAGGGGAUUGCAUUUUCGAUUUCACCUCCCCCCCGCGAAAAAUGUCGCAUAAAUCAUUCUCAGUUCGCAAUACCACUGGGAGGCGGGGCGAUGACGUCAUUGUUCACUCUUCUUCUGUGGUGGCAUUCUCCACUGCCUUUCUUCUUCUGCUUUAGCGGUAAUACCACAGGCAAAACAAAUGGCGUUCUCAAACAUUUGUUCACAAUUCUUGUUGGAAUUAGCCUCGCAGUUGGAGUUACGUUUAGUGUCAAACUGUGAUGCCCGUGACAGAGUUGAGCAGGUUUUGGAGAGCUUCGCUGAACACGCUGCAGUCACAGACACCAAUGUCGACGAAGUUGUCGUGGUCAACUUGCUCUCAGUCCUCCAGCAACUGGACAGCUUCGAACAUGGAAGAGGACGACCAGUCAUCAACAUCCCUUUCCAUGCGAUCGAAAGAUAUUUGUUGCAUGGCAUCAAAGUUCGGGAAAUAGCGGAGAUGUUUGGCGUUUGUCGCCAUACCAUACAUCGGAGGAUGAACGAAAAUGGAUUGAGGAAGUCAGACAUGUAUUCACAACUGACGGAUGCAGAGCUGGAUGCCAUCGUUGCAGAAAUCCAACAAAGUCACCCAAAUACAGGAUACAGAAUGAUGAAAUCAUUCCUUCAAGCCCAAGGAAUGCUGGUGCAGAUAACAAGAGUACGUGAUUCCUUAAGAAGAGUGGAUCCGAUUGGGACUGAAGUUCGAGCUGUGGCCAAUCGCACAUUAAGACGGAGACAAUACUCUGUUCCGGCACCAAAUGCAAUGUGGCACAUUGAUGGAAACCACAAAUUAAUACGAUGGAGAUUUGUUGUGCAUGGUGGCAUAGAUGGCUUCAGCCGUUUAAUUGUUUAUCUGAGUGCUGCAACAAACAAUCGAGCAGCUACAGUUUUAGAGGCCUUCAUUGGUGCCGUCAACAAAUUAGGUUUGCCGUCACGUGUGCGCUCUGACAAGGGUGGGGAAAAUAUCGAGGUUGCCCAUUUCAUGGUGGAACGCAGAGGGAUUAACCGAAACUCGCACAUUACUGGAAGAAGUGUUCAUAACCAACGAAUUGAACGCCUGUGGAGAGAUGUGUACAUCCAAGUCCUUGAACCCUUCCAUAUUCUUUUUUGUAAUCUGGAGAGGGAAGGGAUGUUGAACCCCGAUGAUGAAAGUCAUCUUUUUGCUCUCCACUGGGCUUUCCUGCCUCAGUUACGUAAGCAACUAGCCUUCUUCAUGGAUGCUUGGAACCUUCAUGGCCUAAGAACAGCAGGUAGCAAGUCUCCCUAUCAACUUUGGGCAUCAAUCAGACACCAUGAUGAUCCUGAUCAGGUGGAGGCAGACUAUGGUAUUGAUUGGGAUGGACCAUACGGCUUUGAUGACCUUGAACAUCAAGCAGGUCAAGUGGAAGUACCACAAGUGCAACUGCAGCGACACCUGACAGAGGAUGACAUGGCUGGCCUACCUGACCCAAAUGUUCCCUUUAUGGAUGCCCUGGACAUUUACACAGCCACUUUACAACAGUUGAUGCAGCCACAACCAGAACUGGAUGAGUGAAUCUUCAGCACAGAGAUGCAUUUAUAUACUCAUGCCCAAGACUGUUAUUGCAUCUUUUCAGACAACACACCAAUAUUUCACAUGUUUUUUUUCCAAGGCUUGCAAAAAUAACAGAAUUCAACAUGUAAAUCAGAAAAUGUAACAUUUAUUAAAACAUUAAAACAUAAA